GCCUCAGAGACGGAGAUUAUCUGGGUGAUGCGAGUCGGUAUCUUCAUAACAGGAGCACUGUCGACAGUAAUGGCACUCACCAUACCAACCAUUUACGGACUUUGGGGUCUCUCUUCUGAUCUGGUGUACUGUAUCCUGUUCCCGCAACUGUGCAUGGUGGUCCACUUCAAGCACCACUGUAACACGUACGGCUCGCUGGCCGGCUACAUUGUCGGCCUGAUGGUGCGCCUCUCCGGAGGCGAGGACGUGAUGAAAAUACCGCCGCUGAUACUCUACCCAGGGUAUAAUUACGAGACCAAGGAGCAAAUGUUCCCGUUCAGAACACUGGCCAUGGUCAUGUGCGGCAUUACCGUCAUCGUCGUCUCUCGAUUCACCAAAUAUCUGUUCGAGUCACACAUUCUGGCGCCGAAGUGGGACGUCUUCAAGUGUGUCGUCAACGUUCCCGAUGACGUCCAGAAGUUCCCCACACCACCAGAAGGCGAGCUGACGGUAAUGAACUCCGCCGCCGUCCAGAAGUACGCCGCCACCGAGGAGAUCAAUGAGAUGAACGGCAGGGUCAACCCGGCGCUCACACUCUCCGACUCCGAUGACGAGGAUGCCCCUCCGCGCGCUGCGCACAAGACCCGCAAAAGAACGACCAGCACCAGCCAGUCGGGAGGAGGAGAGGGCAGCAAGGGAGCUGGAGGAAGAGGAAGUGUCUCCAGCGCCGCAGCAGGAGGGCCGGUUAGAGAAGGAAGCAUGUCCAGCGCCAGAAAAGCAAACAUCAUCACGGCGAAUGGGUCGAAAGAGGGGAAGAUCGGUCAGACGAGCCUGUAAGCUGGAGAGGAAGCAUUACGAGUCAUUUUAUUCCACCAAAAUGACGAGGAGAGGUCCUAUAUUACAUUUGUUUAACCUAGUGAGACAUGCAGAUAAUCAGGCGGCCUCAAGACGCGGCUCCAACGUACGGUUCUCCAGUAAAAGUCUUGUUGGUUUUGCUUUUUCGGACAUAUCUG